AACUUUCCAGCCUACGAAGUUUCUUGAAGAAAGUUUUGCUGCUCGCAUUGCACACUGGGUCCAUCCUCCAGCUGGCCAAAAAAAAAUGUGAGUGCGCGGGGAAAGCCCGUGGUGUGACGUCAGAAGACUUCCGGGGGUCGACUGCCUGUUAUCUGGCGAACGAUCGAUGCCCGCCAUUCACCAGCACUCUAUUGUGGCUCUGUUUACUUUAUUUGGCGCGGGGCGACUAGACUGACUGCCUUGCCGCGUUCCAUACAUUACCAUGAAUGUAUUUAGGCUGCAGACCCACCGGCGAAUCGUACUAUCGGCGGUCGACAUGGAAGUGAAAGAAGGCGGUAGCGCGAGGGGGGAGGGCGGCGGCGGUGGCGGUGGGGAGGGCGCGCGCGCCGCGGACCACAACAACAAACCUGCGGGAGUUAUCGAAGUGGAAAGAAAGUUCAGCUUCGGAGAGGGGAGCGAGGAAAAGCUCAAGAAAGCCGGAGCCGUCUGCAAGGAGACCACGUCCUUCCACGACGUGUACUACGACACGGAGGAGUUCAUCUUGACCCUAGCGGACCACUGGUUGAGGAAGAGGGAGGGGAACUGGGAGCUGAAGUGUCCUCCCUCCAGCAGGGACCAGGCCAGUCUAGUGGAACAGUAUGUCGAGCUGCAGCGCGAGGCUGACAUCCUGAAACAAUUGGCGGCCAUUUUAAACGUGGAAGCCGCCAGCGUGGAUGAAAUGAUCCGACUCGCACGCUGCGAGCCUUUCUGCAACUUCCAGACGGACAGAAAGACUUACACUUUGGACGGAGGCUUCAAGAUCGACUUGGAUCAGACCGAUUUCGGCUUCAGAGUCGGAGAAAUCGAGCUGAUCUGCCAGAAGCAAGCCGACGUCCCGGAAGCACUGUGCAGGAUAGACGCACUGGCGGAAAAACUAGAGUUUGGAAACCUGGAGGCUGCCCUGUCUAUCCCUGUUCUCCCCCCUGAUUGGUUGCAGGCUGAGCUGGAAGCAGCCAAUCACUGAUCAGUUAGGGAUGAGUUUCCAGAGCAGCAAAAAGAUACCUGGGAAGAUGAGCGCUUUUUUAAAGACAUUCCGGGAGAAGCAUUACGCCGCCUUGGUGAAGGGGGGCCUGCUCACGCCGAUCACAUGACCACUCUCAACCAAUUAGAUCAGUAUCUCCGUAUCCUUCCGAGAACUGUCAACCUCGUCAGCUGAAGAGGGCAGUGGAACUGUCAACUCAGAGAUUGGAGGUGUCAAUCACGCGAUUGUUGCCUGGCAACGGAGGAUGAAGAAGAUUACUUGGUGUCAUGGAAUGACAUCUCAGCAGAUGAUACAAUUUUUUGUUCUGAUGGAUUUACGAAAGUUUUGCCGUAGAGGCACAGUAUGUAGAUUUGGAUAGAUAACCAUGGAAAAGAUAUGGAAAAGCACCACUUUUUGAAAUCAAAGAAAAAGUUUAAAUUUGUUUGAAGUAGUUAGGAUCUCAGUGUCACUUCAGGCUACACCAGUUUUCUUCCUUGGUUUUUGGACAUUCUUAGGUAAAGUUUAAUAAAAUAGAUAGUAGAAUAAGAUGGCCGGGAGAUAAAGUUGAAUCUGAUGAUAAUGAUCACUCCCUAAAACUGUGUGGUGAGGCAAGGCAAACUGUUAACAUGUUGAGCUUCAAAUUCAACAUUAUUUCUAAUCUCCAAGAACCAAUCAAUUAAAUUGGUGUGGCAUAACAUUCUCAUAACUUCUAUUAGCAGAAUUUGGCUAUAAGUACAUUUGUACCAGGUCUUGAUAUACAUUGUAACCAUUUCAUUUGUUAAAUUCUGUGAGAAAAGUUGACCUUUAUAAUAAAAGAACAGGAUUUUCUUUAUAAGAUGAAAUAUGUCAUUGCUAUCAUGAAAAACAUUUUUAUUGAAAUGCUCCGAAUAGCCUGUUUGCAUUGUGCCUUAUGGUAACAGUACUUGACUUGUAAAUGAUUGUGCUUGCAGUACCACUGUGAUUGCUAGAGGGCUCUUGCUUACGGGCAGUUGUGUGUGUACUCAAGCAUGUCGGGUCUUCCAUCUAUUGUGCCAAGGAGGUUUCAAUCUGAUUGUAACCUCCUUGAUUGUACAAGGUAUAAUACUGGUAUCUUAAAUCUUCAAUAAGACAAUUUGGAAUUGCAGCCACUAGCUUAGGUUAUCAUAUUUGGUCAUGUAAAGUUUUCUUUUAAACCAUAUCACACACCUUAUGAUAAAAAGACAGCUGACAGGAAAGAGCUUACAAAUGAACAGGUUUCUUUUACAGUCAAACCUGUCCAAGCAGACCACUGAGUGGACUGAUAAAAUCUGGUCUAUGUGGACAGGUGGUCGUCAUAGACAGGAUUCUUAAUUAAUGCUUGUGUCUAUGGGAAAAAUGAUCUAAGUGACCACCAAAAAGAGGUCCUAAUGUAGGGGUGGUCACCUGUACAGGUUUGACUGUAUUUAUCAAUAAUUAGCAUUUUCAGUGUUUUUGCUCCCACAGAUUUGUUCUACCGGAGGCCAGCUGGUUAAAAUGGCUUCCCAAGUUAUCUAAUCCUGAAUAGAGUACAAGAAAACCUCCUGUAAUCACACUUAAAAACAGGGUUGGCCACUAUCAUUAAGGCAAUUUGACAACAUUAACUAUUAAUACUUCCCAGCACAGGUAAAUACGCUGCCUAUUAUUCCCACAACCCAACUCUGCAAUUACAGCAGAAAUCAAAUUGUGCCAAAUUGUGCAAUUAAAAAAAGGGAGCCCCACUUAUACCUGCAAUUAUACAUGUUUUUCAUCCUCUUUUGUCGAUUCCGCUCACAUUUUGAUGACUUAUCGGGGCGACUCGCAAGGGAAUCGUCACAGGGGUCCUUUGACAUGUCCAAACAAAAGAGCUUGAACAAAAAAAAGUGGGGGUAAACAUUGCGCCCUAUGGAGGUAUUGUUUCUGAACGGUCUGUAUGCUGUUGCCAUGGCAAUGGUUGCGGUUGGACCACGGACGCGGCAGAAUUGUCUUAUGUGACCGCAAACGGUCGUAAUUGAAUUUUCCUCUUCAUUUGUGGACAAAGCCCAGUUCAUGAAUAUGGGCACAAACUGAGCUUUCAAUGGCAGAUGAGUGAAAAAAAGAAAACAAUGUUCCAGAUCGUAAACAAUUGGUUAGCGAUAGAAAGCCCUUUAGAUGGAGUACACAAAAAAAGUGCCAGUAAAAGGUCAUGAAAAA